GCAGACGAACCCCCCUGGUUCAGUCCAGUCGCCUUGAACGCUCUUGUUUCUCAUCAAACUUUGUCCCUGGCCGUCGGUGCGCACGAAGAUAGUUGCUUGCGUUUCUACGAUAUCGGCCGCAUGUCCUCCGAACGAUCUAUGGUCGGCCACUCGCCUUGUGUCGAAACAAUGGUGGCACAUAUGGAUGCGAUUACCAGUCUUGCUGUGGAUGCUCAUGGAUUGUAUUUGAUAACUGGAGGUCACGAUGCUUCUGUCCGUGUAUGGGACCUGGAGUCACGUGCAUGCGUACAGGAGAUCACAAAUCACAGAGCCAAACACAACGAGGCGGUCAAUUCUGUCGCUCUACAUCCCCGAUUACCACUAGCAGCCAGUGCCGGGGCGGACGGAGUGUGUAAAGUAUACGUCACAUCAACCUGA